AUGGAGACAAUACCAAAUGAAAAGAUAUCAAUGCAAUUAAUGCACUGUCCAAUAGUCUAUAAUGACGAUACAUUGUGUAUGGUACCAAAGUGGCAAGUAACUAUCUCUAUAACUAAACUGUAUAAAAAGAAUAGGAAAAAUUUCAACAGAGCAAACAAAGGGAGAACUGAAAAAAGAGAAAAAUCUAACAAAUAUAAAAAAAAACCUUUGCGCGGUAUUAUUCUCUCCGUUUCCUACGGCACUGAAUUUAAGGUUAGUAUCAUCGUAUCAAGUAUGGAUGAAAUCCCUGAACUAGUUGAAGAACUUCCUACAGAUGGAAACAUCAAAACUGAGAAAGUAGCUGUUACUCCAUUUGUACCUUUCUCCCUGACUCCCACAGCAUUAGAAAAGAAGAUCCCGAUCACGAUUAUCACUGGGUAUCUUGGAUCGGGAAAAUCAACCUUGUUGACAAACAUUGGAAAAACAACAAACAAGAGAUUGGCUAUCAUUCUUAAUGAGUUUGGUGACUCUUCGACAAUAGAAAAAUCAGUAACAAUACAAGAUCAAAAUGAUAGUGUUCAAGAAUGGUUGGAUAUUGGAAAUGGCUGUCUUUGUUGCACGGUUAAAGACAAUGGGGUAACCGCCAUUGAAAAUUUGAUUGAGAACUCUAAGGAUAAGAUUGAUUAUAUAUUGUUAGAAACAACUGGUAUUGCUGAUCCUGCACCUAUUGCAAAAAUGUUCUGGUUAGAUGAUGGGUUGGCAUCAAAUAUUUACAUUGAUGGAGUGAUCACUGUUGUUGAUGCAGAACAUAUAGCCAAGUGUCUAGAUGACGUUGGUGGUCAUUGGCACCAAGAGAAUUCAAGAGAAGAAUUGGAACUAGAAGAGGGGAUUACUACUGCCCAUUUACAACUUGCAUUGGCAGAUGCAAUAUUACUAAACAAAAGAGAUAAAGUUGAUGAUACACAACCUAUAAUUGACAGAAUUAGAAAAAUCAACCAGAACUCACCAAUAUAUCCUACAAGUUUUGGAGACAUUGAUGUCAGCAAGAUUCUUGAUCUUCAUGCAUUUGAUGUCAAUGCGAAAUUGCCAUCAACGGAAUCCACAUUUCAUGAUGAUCGAAUCAGUACUAUAGCUGUUGAUUUCCCAUUUUUCAAGGAAGAACUGGGUUUUGAAAACGUUGAAAAGUUCUUACAACACGUACUUUGGAAUAAUAUUGUAAAUAAUAAACCGGUGGAAAUACAUCGUUUGAAAGGUUUGUUGGUAUAUAAUGAUGAUGUGAGAGUCGUUCAAGGUGUUAGAGAUACAUAUGAGAUUAUAGAAAAUGGUAAAUUGUUAGAUGGUGUGACUAGCAACAAGCUAGUUUUUAUAGGUAAGGAUUUGAAUCAUGAUGAUUUGAAAAUAGAGUUAAGUAAGUUUUUGUAA